CGGAACCAGCUGUGUGCUCUGCCAGCCUCCCUGUGUGGGUUGCCCCUACGAGUCCUCAAUGCCAGCAACAACAAGCUGGUGUGUAUACCUGAGGCCAUCGGGCAGCUCAGGAGCCUCAUGGAGCUGGUAAGAGAUUCUCUCUUUCUCGUGUGUGACAGUGUCAGUCUCAGCUCUUAGUUUCCUGUGUGAGUUCCUAGCCAGGCCUUAUGUAACUGUUCUGUUCUCCACUGAGGGGUGAAAUGAAUGGAACCAGCCCUCAUGGAGCUAGAGCAGGGAAGGAGAGGAGCGGGGACGAGGGGAGACAUUGUCUGACUCCAUGUGAGGAUACAUGGUAGAACAGUGGGAUAGGGAGCAUUAAUAUGGAUGUGUUAUGAGCCAUACAAAUCCCUAGUUCUUACCUUAGCUCUUGUACACAAGGGGCGACUAACCAUCCUCCUGGAGAGUUACUGGGUGAACAGACCAGCCAUUCUCUAACACACCUGAUUCUCUUAUCUGCAGCUCAUCAGGACCUUGAUUAGAUGAAUCAGAUGUGUUUGAGUAGGGCUGGAACAAAAUCCUGCACACCCAUCAGUAAAGUGUUAGUUGUGUGUGUGAGUUAACUCAGUGUGUUGUGCCCCCUACAGGAUGUGAGCUGUAAUGAGAUCACUGCUCUGCCCCGUCACAUCGGCCGACUCAAGGCCCUCCGAGAACUCAACGUCCGCAGGAACCUGCUCUGUGUCCUACCUGAAGGUGAGUUUAGACCCAUGAAACCACAUUACAUGCCAUAUGUCUUUCCUGUGAGUUUUGAUACCUAAGGAAAUGUUUUCCAGAUGGGUCAAGAAGAGACUCGGGGACCCAGGUGUUUUGUCGCAGCUGGGUCAUGUCUGGGUUGUGUUUGGAAACAAUGGUUUGUUUAUUUAGCUGAUUUUGGUGGAUGACAGAAUGUUUAGGGAACCAGUUACCUAAAGAGGAAUUCUAGAGGUAGUUUGAGUGGAGAACCUCCACGGGAUUUAUGGUCUUGGAAUUUGAGGUUACGGUUAGGGCAUUCUACAGGUCCCGACAGAGAUCAUUGUGGCGCUAUCUGCAUUUUUCAUGCUGCGGGCAGGAGCGGGCAGUCAGACGACUUUGGGAUUCAAAUAUUUUUGUUGUCCCGCAGAUUAUUUGGAAACUGUCAUCUUUCUGCUUUGUAUGCGUUAACCUAAGCCUACCUAUUGUAUUAAAACACAUAUUAUGGGCAUUAUUCACACACUCAGAAAUUGCUUCAGUAGCCUACCUCUCCUCUCCUAGUUGUGUAUGAGUCCAAGUGUGCCUAGUAUGUGUGGUCUCAUUAAAAUAGAGUACGCUGCCUACAUGGGCAAAGAAUCGCGUGGCAGUUAACUUACAUAUCAAAUUAACUUAAAUAUGAUUAGACUGUAGUUUACUAGAAGUGAGGGUGCUAAACCAACGUGAUUCGAGGUGCAAUCAAAAAAUGUAAUCAUUGAAAAGGAAAAGGCACAACGUGUGCAUAGGUUAGGCUUCUAUGGUGAGCAAGCAUUGUGCCUUUUCAUUUUCGAUAAGUAUUGAUUACUCAUUUAUUUGUCUCUGCCGGCAAAUUGUCAUCUUAAAAGGUAGGCUAUAUCCUAUAUGCAAAAGUAGCAAGUGUAGCUGUCAUUAUUCUUGCUGCUUCAAGUUCAGUAGCCACACGUUAGAGAUCAGGUGCACGUGUGGUCUCAAUUAAAUAAAGUAGGCUAUAGCCUAUGCAUUUGUGGAGAAGCAGGGGGCAGUUACACUACAUGACCAAAAGUAUGUGGACACCUGCUCGUCGAACAUCUCAUUCCAAAAUCAUGGGCAUUAAUAUGUAGUUGUUCCCCCCCCCCCUUUGUUGCUAUAACUGCCUCCACUCUUCUCGGAAGGCUUUCCACUAGAUGUUGGAACAUUGCUGCGGGGACUUGCUUCCAUUCAGCCACAAGCAUUCAGGCACUGAAUUCAGGCACUGAUGUUGGGCGAUUAGGCCUGGCUCGCAGUCGAUGGGGUUGAGGUCAGGGCUCUGUGCAGGCCAGUCAAGUUCCUCCACACCGAUCUCGACAAAACAUUUCUGUAUGGACCUCGCUUUGUGCACGGGGGCAUUGUCAUGCUGAAACAGGAAAGGUCCUUCCCCAAACUAUUGCCACAAAGUUGGAAGCACAGAAUCACCUAGAAUGUCAUUGUAUGCUGUAGCGUUAAGAUAUCCCUUCACUGGAACUAAGGGGCCUAGCCCAAACCAUGAAAAACAGCCCCAGACCAUUAUUCCUCCUCCACCAAACUUUACAGUUGGCACUAUGCAUUGGGGCAGGUAGCGUUCUCCUGGCAUCCGCCAAACCCGCAUUCGUCCAUCGGACUGCCAGAUGGUGAAGCGUGAUUCAUCACUCCAGAGAACGCGUUUCCACUGCUCCAGAGUCCAAUGGCGGCGAACUUCACACCACUCCAGCCGACUCUUGGCAUUGCGCAUGGUGAUCUUAGGCUUUUGUGCAGCUGCUCGGCCUUGGAAACCCAUUUCAUGAAGCUCCCGACGAACAGUUCUUGUGCUGACGUUGCUUCCAGAGUCUUUUUGGAACUCGGUAGUGAGUGUUGCAACUGAGGACAGACGAUUUUUACGUCUGUCAUAGAUGUUUCCACUUCACAAUGACAGCACUUACAGUUGACCGGGGCAGCUCUAGCAGAGCAGAAAUUUGACGAACUGAAAAUAAAAAUAUGCAGUUAAUUCGGAAAGUAUUCAUACCCCUUCCCGUUUUCCACAUUUUGUUAUGUUACAGACGUAUUCUAAAAUGGAUUAAAUAAAAAAAAUCCUCAUCAAUCUACACACAAUAACCCAUAAUGACAAAGCAAAAACCGGUUUCUAUAAAUUUUUGAAAAUGUAUAAAAAAUUUAAAACGGAUACCUUAUUUACAUAAGUAUUCAGACCCUUUACUAUGAGACUCGAAAUUGAGCUUAAGUGCAUCCUGUUUCCAUUGAUCAUCCUUGAGAUGCUUCUACAGCUUGAUUGGAGUCCACCUGUGGUAAAUUCAAUUGAUUGGACAUGAUUUGGAAAGGCACACAACUGUCUAUAUAAGGUCCCACAGUUGACAGUGCAUGUCAGAGCAAAAACCAAGCCAUGAGGUCGAAGGAAUUGUCCGUAGAGCUCCGAGAUAGGAUUGUGUCGAGGGACAGAUCUGGGGAAGAGUACCAAAAAAUGUCUGCAGCAUUGAAGGUCCCCAAGAACACAGUAGCUUCCAUCAUUCUUAAAUGGAAGAAGUUUGGAACCACCAAGACUCUUCAUAGAGCUGGCCACCCAGCCAAACUGAGCAAUUGGAGGAGAAGGGCCUUGGUCAGGGAGGAGAACAAGAACCCGAUGGUCACUCUGAAAGAGCUCCAGAGUUCCUCUGUGGAGUUGGGAGAACCUUCCAGAAGAACAACCAUCUCUGCAGCGCUCCACCAAUCAGGCCUUUAUGGUAGAGUGGCCAGACGGAACUCCUCUGUAGCUCAGCUGGUAGAGCACGGCGCUUGUAACGCCAUGCGCUUCGAUCCCCGGGACCACCCAUACACAAAAAAUUUAUGCACGCAUGACUGUAAGUCGCUUUGGAUAAAAGCGUCUGCUAAAUGGCAUAUUAUUAUUAUUAUUUAAAAGGCACAUGACAGCCCGCUUGUAGUUUUUUUAUAAUAAAAAAAAAAUGGAUCAGCUUAAUAUUGCAGAUAUAUUGUAUCUUCUAUCAAUGUAAUUGUCUGCAUCACUUCCAAUCCCCCAUGUUUUUUUUUAUAUAUAUAUACUCCCCUUUAUUACUUUUCAACCCCACCAUCCUUUCCCUACUUGGAGUAAAUUAGUGAACAACAAUGCCCAGGCCUCUACUUCCGGUCUAUACUUACUAUCUACACCUUAUGGACAGAGUUAAUUUUACAAUAAUUAUAUUAUAUAUAUAUAUAUAUAUAUGAACUUCUUCUACUCUCAACCUCUCCGAUCAUUUUCAUGAUGUCCAUCCGGUUUGCUUCUAUAUGCCAUAUCUUUCUAACUGUGCUCUUUCCCAAAAGCUCCCAACAUACAACCUAUAUACUUAUUAUGGACACAGUAUGCUUACAUUAUUAGCUAUCUUUGUUAUUAUUUGUUGUUAUGUGUUAUUAGUCCCAUCCUUCAACUCUAUUCAAUUCCUCCCAUCUAUCUCUUAACACCAUCCAUAUAGGAUUUCUAUUUGCCAUAUAUAUUUCAACCGUACUGUGAUGUUUUACAAAAGUUCUGAACCUUUCUAUUCUCAUUGCUUCUACAGAUUGUGAAUUAAAAAUAAAAAAAUUUGCUAAAAGUAUUAUUAUAUUAUUGAUUGAUUGACUAUGACUUUUCAGAUCACCCAGUAAUGCUAUCUGCAAGGUUAGCUCCAGGUAAAUAUUGCAAUCCUUUAGCCAUUCCUGGACCUGUGUCCAAAAACAAGCUACAAAUGGACAGAACCAAAACAAAUGAUCUAAUGAUUCUGUCUCUUCACAGCAAAAUCUGCAGAGCUGGGAAGAUUGUAUCCCCCAUUUAAAUAACAUUCUAUUGGUAGCAAGAAUUUUAUAUAAUAAUUUAAAUUGAAAGAUUCUAAUUUUUGAAUCCGGUGUCGUUUUGCGUGUCAGUUCAUAAACACUAUGCCAUGGGAUCGGUACGUCAAAGAUCUCUUCCCAACUAUUUUGCAAUCUAUAUGGGACGGCUGUCAAUCCUUUGGUCCUUAAGUGAAACUGAUAUACUUUUUUAUUUAUCAAACACAGCCCGCUUGUAGUUUGCCAAAAGGCACCUAAAGGACUCUGAGGCCUGAAUGCCAAGCGUCACGUCUGGAGGAAACCUGGCACCAUCCCUAUGGUGAAGCAUGGUGGUGGCAGCAUCAUGCUGUGGGGAAGUUUUUCAGCGGCAGGGACUCGAAAACUAGUCAGGAUCGAGGGAAAGAUGAACGGAGCAAAGUACAGAGAGAGAGAUCCUUGAUGAGAACCUGCUCCAGAGCGCUCAGGACCUCAGACUGGGGUGAAGGUUCACCUUCCAACAGGACAAUGACCCUAAGCACACAGCCAAGACAACACAGGAGUGGCUUCGGGACAAGUCUCUGAAUGUCCUUGAGUGGCCCAGCCAGAGCCCGGACUUGAACCCGAUCUAACAUCUCUGGAGAGACCUGAAAAUAGCUGUGCAGCGAUGCUCCCCAUCCAACCUGACAGAGCUUGAGAGGAUCUGCAGAGAAGAAUAGGAAACUCCCCAAAUACAGGUGUGCCAAGCUUGUAGCGUCAUACCCAAGAAGACUCAAGGCAGUAAUCGCUGAGUAAAGUACUGAGUAAAGGGUCUGAAUACUUAUGUAAAUGUUAUAUUUCAGUUAUUAUAUUAUUUAUUUUGCUACAAUUUCUAUAAACCUGUUUUUGCUUUGUCAUUAUUAUGCAUGUGUGUACAUUUGUUGAUAUUCUUUGCUAGUUAGGGAGUUAUUAGCCCAGUUAUAGAUAAGUAUAGGUCAGCAAUGAGGAGUUAGUGCUUCCUACAAGAGCACAAAACGUGUAGGCUACAUUUCAAGUUGUCUUUGAAAAGCCAGUCAAGUAAAAAGCUUAUGUCUUAAUUAAAGGGGCAGUGUUGAAUUUUGAGACAGGCUUGAAUAUGCAAAUAAGCCAAUAGGCAGAGGGAGAUCCUUAACAUUCAAUUCUCUGGCAACAGCUCUGGUGGACAUUCCUGCAGUCAGCAUUCGAAUUGAACGCUCCCUCAAAACUUGAAACAUCUGUGGAAUUGUGUUGUGUGACAAAAUUGCACAUUUUAGAGUUACCUUUUAUUGUCCCCCAGCACAAGGUGCGCCUGUGUAAUGAUCAUGCUGUUUAUCAGCUUCUUGAUAUGCCACACCUGUCAGGUGGAUGGAUUAUCUUGGCAAAGGAGAAAUGCUCACUGACAGGGAUGUAAACAAAUUUUUGCACAAUUCUUUAGCAAUAAGGUUUUUGUGCAUAUGGAACAUUUCUGGGAUCUUUUAUUUCAGCUCAUGAAACAUGGGACCAACACUUUACAUGUUGCGUUUAUAUUUUUGUUUGGUGUAUGUCUGUCUCAGACAGAUAUAUGAUGUCUAUGAUCCAGUCUCCUGGGAUGUCUUAGGGGGUAUUGCAGCAGUGGUCUUUGUGGUUUGAGAGGUCUAGUAGAGUAAAAGACGUCUGUGACAGGACGGCUCUCUAAAUCCCAGAGACGCCGCCCGCCAUCUGUCAGAACCUCUCAUUGUCUGAAUGAUGGACGAGAGUAUUUUUCCAAACAGUCUUACUACAUAUUUUCCUCGGAUGCGUCUCUGUUGCAGAUUUACAGAAAGUGAUUUAUGAUCCCGCUGCAGAUGCUCCAUCGAUCCUCUCUGGGUUUGAUUGAUGAGCCUUAAUCUGGCCAGGCGGCUCGACUCUGUUAGUGGGGGACAGGAUAGGGGAUUGGAUAGCCCUGGGGAGGAGGGGGAUGUUGGGAAAUCGAGUUUUAGAUUAAUGGUUGUUGAAGUUUUGGGGCGUCCCUCCUCAAAUGUCUUUGUAGAGACCCCCUUACUGGACCACCAAGGCACUGAAAUGUUUUAGCUGUCUUGCCAAAGAGUUUCACUGAAGGAAUGUGUUUCUUUGUUGUUGGUUUUUGGAAAUUCCUACGGUUACUGGUUCAGUAGGUGAUAUAGAUUCUGAAAAUAUUGUCUGGAGGUUGAAAUCCUGUUGUUGAAAAUGUUGGUAAAGUCCCUGAAAGCUUCGGAAAUGGAAUUGAUUUACCUGACUAUUCAGAAUGAGAUGUCCCCCUUUUUAUACUGAAUGAUAGUUGAAAUCCCUCUUAGAAGUUAUUUUAAGGGGUGACCUUGAGGGAAGAGGAUGUGACAGACUUUCUCAUUUCAGCUAAUUAAGAAAAGUAGAGUACUGGUUGGUAAAAAAUAUAUAUAUUUGGCACUCUCCCUCAUGUGCUCCAAGCCAAGAUUAUCUCUCAGAGAUUUUAAUUAUAAAAGGUUGUCGGAGAGGUAUAGUCAUAAUUGUUUCGCUUGAAUUACGACCUUUUGAGAAAUGUGUUGCUGGCACAGAAUCUCUGAGACUCUCUAGCUCUGUCUUUGUUACUCUUUCUCUCCCAGCUAGUACAUAAUGUUCUGAGAACCAUGUGUUUCUUAGAGCUUUGUGAGAGCUUGCUUGUCCUAUGGUUAUUUUGCAUACAACCCUCCCACAAAGUUCUGGGAAAUGGUGCAGGAUACCCAGCUAGCACAUAACGUUCUGAGAACCAUAUGUUUCUUAGGUGAGUAUUUAUGUGCUUCAGUGAAGGUUUCCUACAGGUUUCCUCAUGGUUCUAUUUAAAGUAAUGUUCUCAGAACGUUCAGAGAACGUUAAGAAACAACGUUCUUCUGUGGGAAUUUCAGUACUUAAGCAUAACGUUUUCUACAGGUUUCCUCAUGAUUCUAUUUAAGUCAUGUUCUCACAAUUUCAAUGUGGCCUAUCUGUGCUUGGAGUUCAAAACAUUUAACCCAAACUAAGCUAGCAGUGUUAUAAAAAGUCUUAUUGAAACAUGUUCUCAGAACGUUAUUUAAUUACCUUCCAAUAACCUAUAAUUUCCGUUCUCAGAAUGUUAAUAAAAUCUCCCAGGAAAAUGUUCAGGGAACCAUAGUAAAAUGUUCUCAGAACCUCCCUUCAAUCUAAAUAUUUACAUUCCCAAAACAUGCAACAUUUUCACUUCCGUUCUUAGAACGUUUAAAAAACGUUCAGUUUUACCGGUCAGGAAACGUAUAGCUUUGUUCCCAGAACCAAUGCGAAACCAAAAACAUACGUUUCCACAACUUCCAAGGAAUCAAAUGUGUUAGCUGGGCUGUUACUAUCUUUCUCUCUGUCAUUGACCUCUCACUGUCUGUUUUCUCUCUCUGAUUUCAGGACUAUUUUAUCCAAUGUUUCCCAUUCAAAUGCAUAUGAUAUGACAACGCUACACCAGUAACACCGAGCCUAAUAGCUGCUAUUUAUUUUAUCAGUAUUUUCCAAUGUUGUGAUAGUCAGCCUCUCUGUCUGUGGUUUUCUCCUGUUCCCUAGCUAUGUCUCUCCUCCCACAUGGACUGGGCCAUAGUGGUUUCUGCCGAGGUUAGUGCCUAGGAUACAUUCCUCCAGUUUAUUUUAAACUUUUGGCAUGGUCCACGUUAGUGGAACUUUGGCAGUGAGGGACUCUUGAAGUAUCAGGGCUGCUCCUGCUGGGCUGUGGGGGUUUCUAGGGGGGAAAGUUCUGUCUGAUGAUCCUAGUCAUGACCUUGUCAACCCACACACUAUGGAUUCUGUGGAUGUUGCUCAGAGGUUGUUUGGGUGUUUAUACUGGGUUGUUGAUGUAGGUUGUGUAGACGUUGUUGUUCUUGUGGACAUUCCCUCUUCCUCAGGAUGACGGCCACCAGGCUGUACGCUCUCACCUGAUAGGUGGAUGGAGCUCCAUGUCGUUCCCUGGCAACGAUGACCCUCAGGAGACCACUGGAGUCAUGUCCCAGAGCUGUUGACACACACACAAUUACUCCUCUAACUCUAGGAAUUGUGUGUUCGCCCUCAGACUUGGCGGAGCUUCCCCUGGUGAAGUUUGACUUCUCCUGUAACAAGGUGUCCACCAUCCCAGUGUGCUACAGGAAAAUGUCCCAGCUCCAGUCACUACAGCUGGAGAACAACCCCCUACAGAGUCCCCCUGCACAGGUCAGUCUGGGUUAGGGAUGGGCACGGAUAAUCAAAUAUCCGAACAGAUGUUAGUAUUCCAUUACUUGCAAGUAGGCCUAUUCAUACAAAUUAAAACAAAUAUAUAGGCCUAUUUUAACAAUGAAAAGGCUUUGUCUGAGCACACAAUGUUCGCAAAAAACAGUGUACCGUAUUUUCCGCACUAUAAGGCGCACCGGAGUAUAAGCCGCAGCAGCUAAAUUGAAUGAUAUUGAAUGAUGUGGACAUAUAUAAGCCGCACUGGACUAUAAACCGCAGGUGUUUUAAUGUUUAAUUACCAUAUGUAAGGGUUCGUGCACAGAGGGGAUUGUCGGGAAAGAGACAAACUGUCUCGCUCUCGUAAUGUCUGUCUGUCUUGCUCUCGUUCUGUCUCUCGUUCUGUCUCUCGUACCACUCUCGGUUCCACUUUUACUUUUGCGCGCUACCUGUCUCACUCUUUUCCGGCCUCCAGCUUUUCCUGCUGGAGCCCGCCGCUUAAAGGUGGGGGGCGCGGACCGGUCAUAGAGCCCAUAGAGUUAAAGUUGGUGGACUGUAACCUGUAAAAUCCAUAGAUUUAGGAGGUCUUCUAGUGGCCGUUAGCUGUAAAAAUCCAUAGAUUAGCCGCACCGUUAUAUAAGCCGCAGGGUCGAAAAAUGGGAAAAAAGGCGCGGCUUAUAGUCCGAAAAUUACGGUAUUUCAACUAUCCGGAUAUCUGAAAAAAUUAUGAUAUUAUUUGAAUAGUGAAAAUAUUUCAAAUGCCCGUCCCUAGUCUGGAUCUGCAUGGGGCUACGGCUUUCUCCACAGCUUGGCAUGACAUACGUUGCAAUGGAAUAUAGCAUUCAUCAUAGGGCAUUCUAGUUGACCAUGUCACUGUGCAUAUUUUGUUUUAGCUUUCCAUAUAGUGUAACUAUUUGUGUACCCACUUUUGUAUCAUCAUCUAGUUGCUCUAAUUCACCCAUUGAUGAUCUGUUUUCUAGAUCUGCAUAAAGGGAAAAGUUCACGUAUUUAAGUACCUGAGCAUCGAGGCGUGUCGGAGUGACAAGAUGCCUGACUCUCUCUACCUGCCUGUCAUGGAGCGCCUCAGCCUAUCACAACCCACCACUGGCAGGUGAGUUGCUAUGGUAAUCCUAACGGAGGCAACUGUUAGUGCUGGGCUGGUACAAAACCCUGCAUACACUUUGGCUCUCCAGGACCAGUAUUGGCAACCACUGAUUUAUUUACCACUGAGUGUUGCCAGAUUCUUCAUUUAUACCUGUUGUUUUAGUGCUGCGGCUGAGCCUUCCUCUCAAUGUGUAUGAGAGUGAAGUGUUUUACAGGGAGGGAGGAUGUUAUGUUAUGUAAUGUGCCCUGUAAUGUCCGCCCCCACCCCAAUAACCCUCCCCACUGCAACGCGUGGGCAGGAAAAAUGUUCCUUUUGUCCUGGAGAGCUCAGAGACUCACACUCAAUUCCCACUCUCAUACAUACUCACACACACUCCUGGCAGUGGAGGAAAAGAGCAGCAGAGCUAUUUAUAAUUCAGCCAUAGAGUCACAGUAGAAGGAUCCAACACCCUGGCCCAAUGUUUCAGUAGAACUGUAUUCACAUGGAUUCUCAUAAGGUUGAUGUAUUGAAUGAUAAUAAUGAUUAAGUAGGUGUGAGGCCAGAAUUGGAUUUAGUGCGUGAAUGUGAAUGAAGAUGAGCACAGAAUGCCAUAUGCUUCAGUGAUCAGUGAACAUGCUCCCUUGGGAUGCAAAUUUAGGUGGCCUAGAAACGACAAGGUGUGUGUGUGUGUGUGUGUGUGUGUGUGUGUGUGUGUGUGUGUGUGAGAGAGCGCGCGUGUGUGUGAGAAGUGUAUCUUGGAGCACAUCACGGUUCAGUUGUCUGGAGACUCUGUUCAGUGGAUAACUUCGCUUAAAGCUAGACAGAGCGAGAGAAAGAGAGAGCGUGACAGAGCCCUGCAUCUCCUCUGUGAUCGGAGCGAUUAGACUCUGCUCUCUGUCACUUUCUCUCCUCUCUCCUCCGUGUGCGUUUUUACCUCCUGACCCUGGCCGUCCCAUAAUCCUCCUCUCUCACCUCUCACCCCUCUCCUCUCAGCACGGAGGACAUUGACCAGAAUAAGAAACAGGACACUGACUCAGGAGUUGGCAGCGACAACGGGGACAAGAGACUGUCUGCCACUGAGGUAGAAUGAGUGUGUGUGUGUGUGUUUGUUUAUGUGUGUUUGUUGUGUGCGCACGCACGCAUGCACUAUUUGUGUGUCCGACAUUAUGCAUUGAUAGUAUGUGUGUCCGACAUUAUGCAUUGAUUACACAGUAUGUGUGUCCGACAUUAUGCAUUGAUUACACAGUAUGUGUGUCCGACAUUAUGCAUUGAUUACACAGUAUGUGUGUCCGACAUUAUGCAUUGAUUACACAGUAUGUGUGUCCGACAUUAUGCAUUGAUUACACAGUAUGUGUGUCCGACAUUAUAAUAAUAAUAAUAAUAAUAUGCCAUUUAGCAGAUGCUUUUAUCCAAAGCGACUUACAGUCAUGUGUGCAUACAUUUUUACGUAUGGGUGGUCCCGGGGAUCGAACCCACUACCCUGGCGUUACAAGCGCCAUGCUCUACCAAUUGAGCUACAGAGGACCACAUUAUGCAUUGAUUACACAGUAUCUGUGUCCGACAUUAUGCAUUGCCAUUGAACGUUCCCUUCAUUUUCUGCACCAUGACUUCAGAAUGUUUAGAAAUGUAUAUGUAAAGUUAUGCAAGAAAGAGCACAUCUACCUGGUGACGUUGAACAGUCAGCAUCUCUUCAGAGCUGUUCCAGGCUGUAUUGUGCCGGCUGAGCACACAGCCACCGCCUGAGGGUAGCAGGCUAUAUUUCUGUUUUCUUUUUUGGGUGGGUUUGUUUGUUCUUUCUUACUUUUAUACCGGUAUACACUCAUCCAUGACCUCAGUGUAUUUUGUGAUGAUCAGAUAAAAGUAGUGAAGAAGAUAUUGUCAGGUAUAAUACAACAGUUCUCUGGAUGCAUUUGACAGAAAAUAUCUGGUUGUUUUUUGGUAGCUGAAACAUUUGGCUGAUUCUGACUGAAAUACUGUUGAGUUGUAGCAGCUGAAAUGCUUAGAUUUUUGUUGGUAACAGAAAUGUUUGCUAGUGUUUUUGGUAACUGAACUGUGUGGUUGUUUCAGCCCUCAGACGAGGACAGCUUGAGUCUCAAUGUCCCCAUGUCCCACAUCACAGAGGAGGAGGGGCUAAGCAAAGACGACUCCAGCGAACACAUCAGUGCUCUCACAGGUAGCAUACAGACAGAAUGCCACACACCUCUGACACUCUCAGUAAGGAUAUCUCCACCCCACCCCACCCACCGACCCUGUCAAUGAGUAGCCACCCAUCCCCGAUACCAGCCCUCCUGAAUGGGAGAAGAGAAAAGCCAGCAGGGCUGUGUGUGACAUCCUCAGGUUAGGGUAACACAGCCCAGAUAGACACUGCAGAGAGGCCUCUGGUUAAUGUUACUCCCCUAUCUGCCACCAGAGGAAACAGAAUAGAAACGUUGUCACUUUCUGUUGCUCUAAAGAGAGGACGUGGGAUAAAAGAGAUGUUUCCGGAGCCUUCAUGGUGUCUUUAUGUGGCUCAGUGGGAGUUUUUCCUGAUUGUUGUUUUUGAGAAGGACGGAGGGAGCUCUGGGGUAGUGUUGACCCUGGCUAAACUAUGUGUGUUUGUGUGAGUGAGAGAGGUGGGGACAGGAAGUAAAGAUAUACACCAGGAAGGCUAUGUCGGCACACACAGGGAGUAGUCUGGGAGGGGGUCACUGAUAGGCUGGCGGUCCUCAGACUGGGUGGGAAUGGUGUUGAAAGUGAAGGUGGUGUGAGAGUGUGUAACAGUACUAAUGUAGUGUAUGUGUUAAAUGGCAGGCAGGCUUGAUCAGACGAGAUGGGGGCCGUCACCUUUUAUUCACUAAGCCCUCUAAUUGAUUGGAAGAAUGCGGCCUGGUACAACAUGGUGGACUCAUCCAUACUGUGGAAUAGUGUAGCAGAGAGGAGAAUAGAGCUGCCUCAGAGUAUCUGGGCUGCUAUAUUAGCAGAGCUCUGAUGGAUUCUCUGUAGACCACACACACAGACAGACAGACAGACAGACAGACAGACAGACUGAGAUUGCUUCACUGCCAAAUACAUAUGGAGGGGAGUGUAAUGUUUCACUAUCCACCCAAAUCUCAUAAACGAGCAAUCAAACACAAUAUUUUUCUAUGUAUAUAAGGGACAGUGUCUCCAUACAGUACAGCCUUUGAACUGUGACACUCUUUACAUUGAUCUCUGACCUCUAUCUCUGCCCCAUGUAGCGGACCCCCACAGGGACGGGGUGCAACUGAUAGAGGAGAGCCCCACUGAGGCCCUGAAGGAACAGUUUGGCUACAGAGACUCUUCUGCUCUCAGCAACUGCUUUGUCAGUUACAUCAAGGCAAGGCCAUUCUCUCUCUCUCUCACUCACUCACUCACUCACUCACUCACUCACUCACUCACUCACUCACUCACUCACUGAAAGACUUGGUUUAAAGUUACUUAGGUGAGCAACUUGCUGAAUUCACACAUUUUGACAUUUGGGGUGAACUACCCCUUUAAUAGGUGAUUUUGGGUCAACUUUUUCUACCUGGGUCUCAGCCUCAUCCAUUAUGAGCUAGAUGUCUAGACUGACUCUGGAGCUGUUAAUAAGGAUCAUAAUGUGCAUAUAUGCACCCCGUUAUACACAACAGUAUGACUUCCUUUAAGGUUGUCUGUAUUGUCAAAGAUUCAUGGGGAAAUGGCCUUGCUGUAAAUAAUGAAAGGAUUGGUGUUUUUAACAAAAGGAAAAGUGUAGCUGAUGUGUUCAGACUUCCAGUCUCAUGUAUAUUGCAUUCGUUCUCUAUGACCCAAUACUGUUUAUCCAAUCACACUAUUAUCCAUCAACUCUUGAUAAAGACUUUUGGAUGACCAGUAGGCUUGAUUAAUGGCCCUUAAUGAUACUGUAACGUUAAAGCAUAUGGAUGGAAUAUGAAUCUUAAGUAAUCAUUUGGAUUGCAAUUUAGAUCAUGAUAUAUUGGCAUCUCAAUAGGACAGUAUGGGUGAUAUCUCAAUAGGACAGUAUGGAUGAUAUCUCAGUCAUCUCAAUAGGACAGUAUGGAUGAUAUCUCAGUCAUCUCAAUAGGACAGUAUGGAUGAUAUCUCAGUCAUCUCAAUAGGACAGUAAAUCAAAUAAAAAGAAUUGUCACAUACAUGUGUUUAGCAGAUGUUAUUGCGGGUGUAGCGAAAUGCUUGUGCUUCUAGCUCCGACAGUGCAGUAAUAUCUAACAAGUAAUAUCUAACAAUUUCACAACAUAUACACAUAAAUCUAAGUAAGAAUAUAUACAUAUAUGGACGAGCAAUGACAGAGCGGCAUGGACUAAGAUACAGUAGAAUAUUAUAGAAUACAGUAUAUGCAUAGGAGAUGAGUAAUGCAAGAUAUGUAAACAUUAUUAAAGUGACUAAUGUUCCAUUUCUUAAAGUGGCCAGUGAUUUCAAUAGGCAGUAGCAGCCUCUAAUGUGCUAGUGAUGGCUAUUUAACAGUCUGAAAUAGAAGCUGUUUUUCAUUCUCUCGGUCCCAGCUUUGAUGCACCUGUACUGACCUCGCCUUCUGGAUGAUAGCGGGGUGAACAGGCAGUGGCUCGGGUGGUUGAUGUCCUUUGAUCUUUUUGGCCUUCCUGUGACAUCGGUGCUGUAGGUGUCCUGGAGGGCGGGUAGUUUGCCCUCUGUAAUGCGUUCGGCAGACCACAACACCCACUGGAGAGCCCUGCGGUUGCGGGCGGUGCAGUUGCCGUACCAGGCGAUGAUACAGCCCGACAGGAUGCUCUCAAUUGUGCAUCUGUAAAAUGUUGAGGGUUUUAGGUGCCAAGCCAAAUUUCUUCAGCCUCCUGAUGUUGAAGAGGCUCUGUUGCGCCUUCUUCACCACACUGUCUGCGUGGGUGGACCAUUUUAGUUUGUCAGUGAUGUGUACGCCAAGGAACUUGAAGCUUUCCACCUUCUCCACUGCGGUCCCGUCGAUGUGGAUAGGGGGGUGCACCCUCUGCUGUUUCCUGAAGUCCACGAUAAUCUCCUUUGUUUUGUUGACGUUGAGUGAGAGGUUAUUUUCCUGGCACCACACUCCCAGAGCCCUCACCUCCUCCCUGUAGGCUGUCUCGUCAUUGUUGGUAAUCAAGCCUACUACUGUUGUGUCGUCUGCAAACUUGAUGAUUGAGUUGGAGGCGUGCUUGGCCACGCAGUCAUAGGUGAACAGGGAGUACAGUAUGGAUGAUAUCUCAGUCAUCUCAAUAGGCCAGUAUGGAUGAUAUCUUCAGAUUAGGGGCAGGAAUUACUCUUGAUAACUAUUCCCCCCCCCCCCCUCCCCUGCUGUCCCAUGGGCGUGUGACAGUGUGAUGUAAACAUUGUACAUAGCCAUAAUGACAUUUUAAAUGUGUCUGUUCCUCUGAAACGUGUGAGUGUAAUGUUAACUGUUUAUUUUUGGUUUAUUUCACUCUUGUUUAUGAUCUAGUUCACUUGCUUUGGCAAUGUAAACAUAUUUCCCAUGCCAAUAAAGCCCAUUGAAUUGAAUUGACAGGGUGGUCUCAUCUUCAACCCCAUGUGGAUUGUGUCAGCAGAUCUUUGAGGGAGGGAGGGAGGGAGGGAGAGGGAAGGGGUGGCACACUGGCCUUCUCUCUCACUCACUAGGAAAAAGUCUAGUGAUGGCAAUGUUGAACCGCAACCAAUCGCUGGCUGAUUCUCUGGAUCAUGUGACCUGACUGCAGCUGGUGCUGAUGUCGUGUGUGUGUAACUCGGGGUGCGUGUGCGUGUGUGUGUUCUUGCUCGUGCAGGGACGAACGGCAGACUACGACGAGCCCCUCAGGAUAGAAGAAGACACACACUGGGCCUCAGAACAGACGUGAGUAUCCCUCCAUCCAUCCGUCUUUCAUCUCUUCAUCCAUCCAGUUCUCUCCUUUUCUCCUCCCUCUCUUUUCACUGUAGUGGGUGUGUCUCGGUGUGUCUGUUUCUGUUCCCUCUUUCUUUCUCUCUCUCUCUCUCUCUCUCUCUCUCUCUCUCUCUCUCUCUUUCUCUCUCUUGCUCUCUCUCUUCACUCUUUCUCUAGCUCUUUUUCUUUCUUUCUCUCUCACUCUCUUUCUCUGUGCUAUAAGGUGCUGUUUUUCUCUUUAUGCUGUAUGUGUCCAUAGGCAGUAGUACUCUUUGCCCAUCUGUAUUCAAGUUGAUUGAUGUACACUGUCAGCACUUUACUGUAGGCUAGAGUAGAAACGUCUUUGGUGUUUUUUAAGAAGCUGUGCACCUCCCAAGUUGUUCUUGGCUCUUCUAUACUGUGGUUGCUGUUUUCAUAGAUGAAAGAUAGACCCACGCUGUCAAAUGUGGCCCAAAAAGAGGCUUGAAAUAUGCUCUUUAUUUAAACAGACCAUCACCAUACUAUUUUCUUGCCACAGCAAAGCUAUGUGUGUUCUGCUACAAACCACAUUAUGUAUUUUGGUUGUGCCUUUGAUAUCUAUACCAGGGCAACAUUAGGUUAGCAUUUAGAUUAUUCUUUUCAUUAAUGUUGUCGUAUUCAAAAGCAUUUUUUUAUUGGUGAAACGUGGUUCUGAAUCGUAAACAAGACUACUCACUUCCUGUUUCCUGGCCCAUAGGUCAAAGGUUACGGAAGGAACACACAUUGCCAUGAUCAACCAGCUGAAGGAGGCUGUGGAGCUACUACAAGACCCUAACAGGUAGGCACCAUUAUGAUACUGUCACAAUGCUGGUUAAUACUGUUUAUUGCUGCUUAUUAUACUAUUACAUCAAUCUCACUUCUACUAUGAUGUUGGCUUUAUUUAAUACCCAUUGUUACCAGCAUGUUCAGGAUCAUUUUCAAGGUGAAAUUGGUCAUUGAAUUUAGGGCAGUGGCGGUCAUGACAUUUUGUCAGCCGGUAAUUGUCAUGCAAAUGACUGCCGGUCUCACGGUAAUUGACCAUAAUUAACAUAAACAUGUUUAUUAUCUCCAGGCUUACAUGCAUACAAGCUGCUGACGCACGCCUUUGGAACAUGUACAUUUUAAAAAGUUGAAUAAAUCAAUUUAAUAUACAGUAGCCUACACCAUCACAAUACAACUAUUAUUUAUUUACUUGUGAUAGGCUUAUAAACCUGGCAAUGUCUUAGAAAUCAAAACAUAUGGGCUGCAUGAUGCGGCUCUAUAUUGAUGAUUUGGAAAAAGUUGCAAAAAAAGGCAUGCGCUCUGAUCCUUGCGCUUCCAGAGAGAGACAAUUGCAUUGCUGCUCAUCUUGUGUGGCAAGCAAGUUAGGGAAUACCUAGUCAAUGGAAGAUGGAAUUAAAAUGGCAGAAUUAAAAGUGAAAUUAGAAAGACCAAAAGCCAACAGGUAAACUGCUAUUUAGGAUAUAAUCUGAAUGGAGUUGUUGUUAUGUGUAGGCUAACUGUAGGAUGUUUAGAUGCGCAGUAACGUUAUGGCUAGCCUCAAUUAGUCUAGGUAGCUGCUUUCUCUCGGUUUGAUGCAGUCAAGACAGGUACUAUGUAAUCGGAUGGGAUGAUAAAUAACUAGCAAGAAAUUAGUCUAGUGGGAGUUAACAGUGGUUGCGGUCUCUACCUCCGUGCCUGCUCCGCGCCUCCCAUGUCUUACACACACAUUCACACACACACUGCACGGUCUCCGCUCCCUAUAGCCUACAGCUGCUCGCUCUGUGCCUCUCUCUCUCUCUCCCUUUAAUCCAUGGCUCCGGUUUAAUAAAGUAGCAAAACAAUUGGCUUUUCUGCUGCUUCCCUCACUCUGAUCGGACCGGGUCCAUAAGGGGACGGGUCUGGUUGUCCUUUCGGAAUGGGUUUUUUAAAUGUAUUUAUGCAUAUUGGGUCCUGGGCUUUCCUGUGUCCAUUUCAGAACAGGACCUCUAACCCCCAUCUAGGGCGACCGAGAGUCAUCCUGUUCUUUCGACCAAUCAAUUGGUUGAAAUGUUUAAACAUAUUUUUCCAUAUAUAGACAGACAAAAAUCAACUACAUAUAUAAAUAAUUAAAACACACAAAUGACUGAAGAAAAGCCCAAUGGUCACACUGUAUUAAAAAUAAAUGACAGCGAGUGCCUGUGUGACUGGCGCACGGUGUCCCUACUGCAGCAAAAAGGGAUCACAGCACAGCAAGUGUUUAUUGCUCUGUCCGUGCUGAAGCUGCAACAUCAAUCAAAUGUAUUUAUAAAGCCCUUUUUACAUCAGCAGGCGUCACAAGUGCUAUACAGAAACCCAGCCUAAAACCCCAAACAGCAAGCAAUGCAGAUGUAGACGCACGGUGGCUAAGAAAAACUCCCUAGAAAGGCAGGAACCUAGGAAGAAACCUAGAGAGGAACCAGGCUCUGAGGGGUGGCCAGUCCUCUUCUGGCUGUGCCGGGUGGAGAUUAUAAGAGUACAUGGCCAUUAAGGCCAGAUUGUUCUUCAAGAUGUUCAAAUGUUCAUAGAUGACCAGCAGGGUCAAAUAAUAAUCACAGUGGUUGUAGAGGGUGCAACAGGUCAGUACCUCAGGAGAAUUACACCAGAUAUAACAGACUGACCCUAGGCCCCCGGCACAUAGACUAUUGCAGCGUAGAUACUGGAGGCUGAGACGAUAACCCCGGACAGGACCUACCAAGCAGGCUAUAACCCCACCCACUUUGCCAAAGCACAGCCCCCACACCACUAGAGGGAUAUCAACAGACCACCAGCUUACUACCCUGAGACAAGGCUGAGUAUAGCCCGCAAAGAUCUCCUCCACCACACAAGCCCAAGGGGGCACAAAACCAGACAGGAAGAUCACGUCAGUGACUCAACCCACUCAAGUGACGCACCCCUCCUAGGUACGGCAUGGAAGAGCACUAGUAAACCAGUGACUCAGCCCCUGUAAUAGGGUCAGAGGCAGAGAAUCCCAGUGGAGAGAGGGGAGGCGGCUAGGCAGAGACAGCAAGGGCGGUUCAUCGCUCCAGUGCCUUGCCGUUCACCUGCGCACACCUGGGCCAGACUACACUCCAUCAUAGGACCUACUGAAGAGAGGAGUCUUCAGUAAAGACUCAAAGGUCGAGACAGAGUCUGCGUCUCUCACAUGGAUAGGCAGACCAUUCCAUAAAAAUGGAGCUCUAUAGGAGAAAGCCCUGCCUCCAGCUGUUUGCUUAGAAAUUCUAUGGACAAUAAGGAGGCCUGUGUCUUGUGACCGUAGCGUACGUGUAGGUAUGUACGGCAGGACCAAAUUGGAGAGAUGGGUAGGAGCAAGUCCAUGUAAUGCUUUGUAGGUUAGCAGUAAAACCUUGAAAUCAGCCUUGCCUUAACAGGAAGCCAGUGUAGCCAUUUAGUUUCUUACUUGUUUCUGACUGAAAAGUUCUGUUACCAAAAUCCCUAAUUUGUUUAUGAAAUGCAAUCCCUAUUCCCUCAACCCUUGCUCUCUUUAUGUGAAACAUUUAAGCAUUGCAUGCAUGUGACCAAUAUGGCCUGACCUGUAGCCUAUCAUACUCACAUCAAUAAAUUGGUUAUAACAAACUCCAAACACAGUAAUGUCGACAGCAAAAUGGAUGAGGAGGACGUGAAAAAUAAACUUGAAACGGGCGAAUGUUUACUGGUUGCUCAGGAGGGAAAGUCAGAUCUGUGGAAGUCAUUUGACUUAGUUGUGGAAACUACUGGAGAUCAAGAAAAAAGAGGGUAUAGGAGCAAGCGUUGCGUGAGUAUUAUGUGUGCCAAACAGUUGCUGUUUGGGACACAUACUUUUUUUCUGACCAUUUGGAAUAGUGUAAACAACACUUAAUAAAUAAGUGUACCAGAGUCUGUUCUAACGAAAAAUAAAUAAAUCUAUAAAGCCUUUAUUACAGCAGACUGAAAACAGUUGCAUUCAUUCUUGAAUUGCAGUUUAUUUAUUGUUUAGGCUAAUUAUUCAAAGCUCCUUUUAUUUAAUGCUUGAUUGCAUUUCAAAGCAUGAAUGUCUCGUAUGCUGUGUGAUUACAGUAGCCUAUAUAUUGAAAUAUAGGCCUAAGUAAGUUACGGUAUUAAGACUAAACAGGAUGUGCUUUUAGGCCUACAGCUCGAUGGUGGUUAUACAAGGCUACUAUACAAAGCCUACUAAUGAUAACGACAUUACUUAUUAUUAUAAUGAUCAUAAUAAUAAUUGUAACAAUAACAAUAAGAAGGAGAUCAAGAAAAAUGAGGGUAUAGGAGCGAGAGCUGCGUGCAUGUUAUGUGUGACAAGCUGGUGCUGUCAGAUUACAAUAUUAUUUUUCUGCCUGUUUGGAACAGUGUAAACAACACUAAAUAAAUUAAUGUAAAAAAAAUAAUGUAAAGCCUAUAUUACAGCAUAGCAAAGAUUAAAAAUGACAGAAUCUGUGAAAUUUCUUUUUCCGACAUUUUGCCUUUGCAUGAGGCUUGGCUCACUCAAACAGGCAACAUAAGCAAGAUCUGUCUUAUUUCUGUAGAUAUAUAUGGAUGAUUUAUAAAGCCAGGCACAUUUAACAGUUAGAUUGGGGUUUCCUCUCUCCUCAAUUCUCUUAGAAAAUUAGGUUAAGGCCAGGGCUGUUUCCUCAUCUCUGCUGCUGGUGCCUCCCCCGCAUUGUUCUCAAUCCCAAUAUGCUGGUUAACUUUGCAAUUAUGCACAUAGCAACAUAGGGAAAAGCGCCAAUUCUACGGCGCACCAAAUAUUCUUUUUCAGAACCGCGGACAGCGACCGAAUCCAACGCGGCAGAAAGCGCAUUUGUUAUAAAAUAAUAUUAUACUGAACAAAAAUAUAAACGCAACAAUUUCAAAGAUUUUACUGAGUUACAGUUCAUAUAAGGAAAUUAGUCAAUUGAAAUAAAUUAAUUAGGCCCUAAUCUAUGGAUUUCACAUGACUGGGCAGCGGUGCAGCCAUGGGUGGGCACUUGGCAGCCAGGCCCACCCACUGUGGAGUCAGGCCCAGGCAAUCAGAAGGAUUUUUUUCCUCACAAAAGGGCUUUAUUACAGACAGAAAUACUCCACAGACAUCUGUGGCAUUGUGUUGUGUGAAAAAACAAAUUUGCACAUUUUUAAAGUGGCCUUUUUUGUCCCCAGCACAAGGUGCACCAGUGUAAUGAUUUUACAUUUUACAUUUUAGUCAUUUAGCAGACGCUCUUAUCCAGAGCGACUUACAGUUAGUGAGUGCAUACAUUUUCAUGAUCAUGCUGUUUAAUCAGCUUCUUGAUAUGCCACACCAGUCAGGUGGAUGGAUUAUCUUGGCAAAGGAGAAAUGCUCACUAACAGGAAUGUAAACAAAUUUGUGCACAGAAUUUGAGAGAAUUUGGUUUUUGUGCAUAUUGAACAUUUCAGGGAUUUUUUUUAUUUCAGCUCAUGAAACAUGGGACCACCACUUUACAUGUUGCGUUUAUAUUUUUGUUCAGUGUAGAUUUAUUAGUGUUGCACCAUUUAUUUUUACAUAAUAUAACCAUAUCCAAUUUCAGUAUCACAUGUCUUAGUGAUGGACUGUGCCAUCCCCGUAGCCUCAGCAAUGGAUUACUCUACUGAGACAGGCGCGAAUCAGACAGGUGUCUUGUGCACCAUGAAAAAUAUUAAAAUAAAUUGUUACUACUCGACUAAAGAAAUCUCGGUCGACCAACAGCCUAUCGACCAAAUAAUCGACUAGUCGACAAAAUGGGGUAAGCCCUACUCCAUCACCAUUUGUUCUCAUCAUUCAGAUUAUUCAUAUUAAAUCAUGAAGUGUUUAGAGAGUGAUUAGAGAGACAAUAGAGCGUGGAGUACCAGGCCAUUAGCAAGUUUGGUAGGCUACCCAUCAGCUCCAUUCAUUUGUGCAGUUUUGGAUGGGACUACCGUGACCAACUGUCACAGGGAGUUUGACUGUGGGGAUGACUCGUGACUGCCUCUGGCGGUAAUAAAGUCACCGUGACAGCCCUAGACAUAAUUAUCAUAAUCAUUGUUGUCUUCUAUAUGAACUACCGUUGGAACGUUGCAUUGAAAACUUUGGAUUACCGUUAUCCCUACUGAGUCAGAGGUUACAUUUCUGACAAAAACGCGUACAUCCCCCAACCUAACAGAUGGCUCAUUAUCAUAUGCAGAUAGAGGCAGUCAAAAUCUCCCACACACAGCCCAACGCUAACUCUGUAGAAUAUAUUAUCCAUCAUGUGUCAUCUAAUCAUAUUUCAGGUCAAUGUUGUGAGGAGUUGUUGGUGAAAUGUCCCACUUGGCCAUAUCAGAAUGUUGUAAAUGUAGCUACCAUUAUGUCUUUAUUAUUUUUUCGGAGCCCAGUCAUUGGCACACACACACUGUACUGCAUGCUGCUCCCUCCUGCUCUGCAACAUGUAUAUGGUAGCAGACAUGGUACAUUUGGCUGUCUUCCUUGGUUCUGUGAACAUAUAGUUCAGUACAGGGACUGGAAUUACUCUGGGGCUGGCUCAGUGGAGGUGAAAGAGACUCAUUGGGCAUUGAGCUGUAAAUGUUGUGGGGAUCUGUGUAGUUGCUUGACGCUACUCUCGCUCUCUCUCUCUCUCUCGCUCUCUCGCUCUCGCGCUCUCGCGCUCUCUCUCUGCUCUCAGAGUGAAUAUGGAAACAGAGGACCUGUCUGGAAUUCAGCUCUACCCUGUUGAGAUGGUCAUGGUGGAGGACUCUAUCAAGUAAGACUGUGUGUGUGUGUGUGUGUGUGUGUGUGUGUGUGUGUGUGUGUGUGUGUGUGUGUGUGUGUGUGUGUGUGUGUGUGCGCGAGUUUGUGCAUCUUACACUCUCGUCUCUCUCACUACAGUGGCCAAGACAGUGACGGCGGUGACGGACAAACCACACCCAAGGUGAGACCUCUUUCCUAUGAGAAUCACAUAUGUGGUUUUACUGCAUAAUGUACACACCUACGAGCACCCUUUGAGCACCUAUAUUGUAUGAACUCUGACUAUGACCGUUGUGUGAAUAUGUGUAUCAUCUGUAUGUGCAGUGAAAGUGUGUGUGUGACGGUGUCAAACUGUAAAAUAUAUCAGUAGCAUCUGUGUUAGAGACUAAGACCCCUCUCCUGGGUUAGUGUGUGUUUAGUUUCCCUUCCUGAGCAAGCAGCCCUGCCCUUUUUCCUCCGCUGAUGUAAUUUCCUGUCUUCUAUAAUAUAGCUCUGGUAGUUGAAUAUUGUUAAGAUGACUUGUUUGUAGUAUAAUGUAUUUGAGCUGUGGUGAAUGUUUGUUUUUCGAGCUGUAUUAGAUUGUAAGCUUGUCUCCUUUGUAGAGAAUAAGGAUUUCUGGAAGUAAAGCUUGAAUUGCUGUGGUAGAUGUACACUACAUUACCAAAAGUACGUGGACACCAGCUCGUCGGAAUAUCUCAUUCCAAAGUCGGACACUGAUGUUGGGCGAUUAGGCCUGGCUCGCAGUCGGCAUUCCAAUUCAUCCCAAAGGUGUUCGAUGGGGUUGAGGUCAGGGCUCUGUGCAGGCCAGUCAAGUUCUUCCACACUGAUCUCAACAAACCAUUUCUGUAUGGACCUCGCUUUGUGCACGGGGGGCAUCGUCAUGCUGAAACAGGAAAGGGCCUUCCCCAAACUGUUGCCACAAAGUUGGAAGCACAAAAUCGUCUAGAAUGUAAUUGUAAGCUGCAGCGUUAAGAUUUCCCUUAACUGGAACUAAGGGGCCUAGCCCAAACCAUGAAAAACAGCCCCAGACCAUUAUUCCUCCUCCACCAAACUUUACAGUUGGCACUAUGCAUUGGGGCAGGUAGCGUUCUCCUGGCAUCCGUCAAACCCAAAUUUGUCCGUCUGACUACCAGAUGGUGAAACGUGAUUCAUCACUCCAGAGAACGCGUUUCCACUGCUCCAGAGUCCAAUGACGGCAAGCUUUACACCAUUCCAGCCGACGAUUGGCAUUGUGCAUGGUAAUCUUAGGCUUGUUUAUGGCCGCUCGGCCAUGGAAACCCAUUUCAUGAAGCUCCAGACGAACAGUUCUUGUGCUGACGUUGCUUCCAGAGGCAGUUUGGAACUCGGUAGUCAGUGUUGCAACCGAGGACAGACGAUUUAUACGCGCUUCAGCGCUCAGCGGUCCCGUUCUGUGAGCUUGUGUGGCCUACCACUUCGCGGCUGAGCCGUUGUUGCACCUAGAUGUUUCCACUUCACAAUAACAGCUGACCGGGGCAGCUCUAGCAGGGCAGAAAUUUGACGAACUGACUUGUUGGAAAGGUGGCCUCCUAUGACGGUGCCACAUUUAAACUCACUGAGCUCUUCAGCACGGGUCAUUCUACCGCCAAUGUUUUUCUAUGGAGAUUGCAUGGCUGUGUGCUUGAUUUUAUACACCUGUCAGCAACAGGUGUGGCUGAAAUGGCUGAAUCCACUAAUUUGAAGGGGUGUCCACAUACUUUUGUGUGUGUGUGUAUAUAUAGUGUACUAAGUAGAUGUACAAAUAAGUUCCACCGGUUGGUAUGUUCUAUCUAGUGGGACAUUCCCGAUGGAGGCUUUGAGUUCCAGAAGAAACGAGAGUUGAUUCUAGAGAGGGCCAGGCUGGAGGCCCAGCUUGCAUGCCAACAAUAUGAGAGACAUAUGUCCAACCAGGUAAACUUAGUAACAAGCCAUGGAUGGCCACGCCCCUCAGGCUUACCUGCCAAUCCCUGCCUCUGACUUCCCUCAUCUAGUGUCUGUGUGUUGUGUAUUGUGUGUGGUGGGGUGUGUGUGUGUGUGUGUGUGUGUGUGUGUGUGUGGUCACUUCAUGCUCUUAACCACUGGUCCCAAGUCAGUUUUUGUGUGAAGUGUUACAUAGUUCAGACAAGGGCUACGGUAGAGGUAGCUGAUCCUAGAAAUGUGGUUAAGGGCAUUAGAGGGCAAAUCCUAACUCAAGAUCUGUGCGUAACUUGAGUUUUCUCAAAAACCUGCCAUUGACUUCAGUGCAAGAUUGCGUGAACGUUUACUUGGAUCUCAAUUUAGGAUUCAGCCUCGUGACCAGUAGGUGUGUUUGCUGGUGUGACCUCUAUCCUGUUACCUAGUCAACUCAUUACCUUUUAGACCCCUGUGUCAGUCUGCUGUUUUGAAUGUCUGUAACUUUGAUCUUACCUUUGUUUACCCUUCUAGAGGUAGAUGAAGGGAAUUAUUUGAGGCAGGUGCUUGUGUGUAGUGUUGGUAUUUUUGUUGUGUCUGUGUGAGAUUUAGUUGUAUGUAGCAUGGCGCUAUAGUUCAUAGUGUGUGAAGUUGACCAAUAGUUUACAAACAUGAGGAUUUGACCCCACCCCAGUCUAGGUCAAUACCAUGGUAACUGUUGCCCAGAUACAAUCUCUGGCUAGUGAUUGGUCCUAUCCUUCGGAGCAAGACCGAGAUUGGCUCACACACUUUAAAGGCCUAAACAAAUGCUUUUGAACUUAAAAGUUGGUUUAAUGUCUUUAAAAAUCUUUAGCUGGAGGGUUGACAACCCUGUAGUUGAAACAAAACAGGACCAAGGAAGGAGGAACAACAGCAUAACACAUAACAAGGAGAACAAGACUUCAUUGUCUGUCGAUUCUUUAAAAAAUCUUCAACAAUGCUCUAGCUUUGUCACACACACAAAGAGCGACAGGGCCCACUAUUGGGGACAGAGCACACAGCCAUCACUGACCACAUGAAGAGAGCACUGUCACCACAUAGCAACAGCCUGUCCAAUACAAGCUACAUGGUCGUCGCAACAGUUACCUCAGCACAAUCAACUAAUUAGAGUUGAAGCAAUAUUGAUAUUACCUGGGUGAGGGUCAGAGAAAGGGACAGGGUGAGAUGUGCUCUAGUUAAGCCAGCUCAGAGGUCAUCUUUAGUGUUACAUAGUAUAGGACGCUAAGCUCCAGUCAAAAUCCUGCACACAUGUGCAUCAUACACACACAGAGGUCACAAACAUAUACACAUUCAACACCAGCUGUCUUGUCCCCAAUUGCCCAUAUAGACCUUGAUAAUGUGUAUGUAUUAUGCAAGUGUACUCUCAGGAUAAGAGGGUCCCUAACUUUUGUUUGUACUCCCAUGGACUCUCUACCAGGGAGAAGACCGAGUUCCAGGCAGCAGUCCCACGUUUACCAUCCCUGCCUUUGGGCUGAAGCCUCGCUCAGGUGAGUGCAGGCUGGGCAUGGCACAGUAUGGGGGGUGGGUAGAGGACUGGAUGGAUGGGUGGGUGAUGGGAUGGGCACAUCUCUAUACCUAUCACAGUCCAUAAUUACAUGAUACUACUGUCUACAGUCCCUGAUAGGGUCCAUCCGUAAAUCCAUCCUUUCACUCCAACAUAAAGACAUGGAUGCCCUCAAUCCCCUCUGCUCUGCUUCUCCCCCAAACCCCAUAUCCUCCCACACCCCGAUCCUACUUUUAUGGGGUUAUAAGAUUAUCCCAAAGUAAGAAAGAUGUGGGCAGUUCCUCCAAUUGUCACGAGUCAAUCGCCCCCCAACUUGUUCACCUCAGACUAGAACUUCUGAGGCAUACAAUAUCUCAUAACACCCUCUGUGCUCAAGUCCCCUAAAGCAGCAGCAGUUGGGUCAUGCUGUAGAGGCUACCAGCCCUGUCCUGACUAACAUGCAAUGCUCCCACAAUGUUUCUGUCAUGCUGUGUGAACAAUAUGGAAAAAGUGAUGUGUGUUUGCUGAGAAGAGUGGAUGUGAGUACUCUGCACCCAAACCCAACGUGUGGCUAUGGAGGAAGACGCAUACCAAGUGUCAUUCUUCUUUUAGCUAACUAACUGGAGGACUGGUUAGCUACCUCCCAUGGAACAGAGCAGAUCCACAGAUUCUGAGUUGAGAAAAAAAAUCCUUUACAAAUCCUCUGUACCUGUCUGGUACUCUUCAUGGUCAGAUGGCUUUGGGUGCAGGUUCACUGAAACAACUCUAGCAUCUGAUAUUUGCUGCUUGUAGAAAUAGAGCUAGCAUCCAUCCAUCCAGCUAGUUGCUACGUACAGUAGGCUACUACUGUAGUGUGUGAAAUUUAGCUUUAGGCUACCUGCUACCAUUAACAGCAUGUCAUUGAAUCUGUAUUGUGAAAUGGCACUAAUAUUGAUUUAUUUUCUUCUAUGUAUUUUUUAUUUUUAUGGCAUCUCUUUCACAUCUCCUUUGUUUCUUCCUUUCCUCCCCCUCUCCUUUACUCCCUUUCUAUCUUUUCACCGACUGCUGCAUGACCUCUUACACCAAUUCUCACUCCAAUCACAUCCCUUUAUCUAACCCAACCUGCCUUUGCAUGCGAUUAUCAACUGCUGCUGCCUGUUUCGUUCCCUUGUCUUUUAAAAUUCAAACCGUUUUUUUCCGGAACUUUCUCUGGUGUCUCGGGGGGUGGGUGUGGUUUCGGGUUUUGGAAUGGAUCUGUCUUCUACUUGGCCUCUCCCCCUGUACCUUGCCCCACCCUGCCCUUCGACCCUCCCCCUCUUCCUCUAGCCCCCGCCUCACUGCCCUGCUCGCCCCCGCCCUGUCUCCGCCCCCUCCUCACACAGGCCCUGUCCGUCGAUAGAGACACUCCCCCUAGACCAGUCGAUGGAGGCAUGCACAGC